AUGGGUUUUGCUAUUUAUAUUUUCACCGUUUUUGUACUUUAUUUAGCUAUAAAUGCUUCAAAAAUAUACAAAUUUCUGAAAAAACGGCUGAAAAUCUAUAAAUAUGUUGGACAAAUUGAUGGUCCAACGGCAAUGCCAAUUCUAGGAACCACGUGGCAAUUUAAACUCGAUUCGAAGGGUAAGUUCAGAAUAUUUGAAGAUGUAAGAUUUCGUAGUUUCAAAUAGGAUUUUCGCUUCAAUUAUAUAACUGGGCUAUGGAAUACUGUGAAAAAGGAGCUGGAUUAGCAACAUUUUGGAUUGGACCACAACCUUUGAUUGUUGUAUUAAAUGCAGAUGCAGUUAAGGUAAUUUAAAAAUAAGAAUUUUUCUGAAAGUACUGAUUGAAAUUGAUCUUUAGAUUGUCAGAAAAAUUGUAUAAUGACGUUUUCAAAGUUCUUAUAUGUCAUAAUUUUUAAAUUCCGAAUAUCUUGUUUCUGAACCAGUUUGUCUUGUGACCCAAAAUAUCUUCUGUCAUUUUUCAGACAGUUUUGGAAAGUAACAAACUAAUCGAUAAAAGUGAUGAAUAUAAUGUAUUCCUUCCAUGGUUGGGUGAUGGUUUAUUACUUUCUGGCGGAGAUCGAUGGAGACAACGAAGAAAACUUCUAACUCCCUCAUUUCAUUUCAAUGUUCUUCAAGAAUUCCAACAAGUUUUUGAUUUUCAGUCAAAAGUUUUGAUUGAAAAAAUAGAAGAAGAAAUGAAAAAACAAACGACAUUUGACGUGUUUCCUUUUAUCAAAAGAUGUGCACUUGAUAUCAUUUGUGGUAAGUGAUAUAAAUAAAUAUAAUUUUGGGAAAUUUCCUAGAAUUCUCAAAGAAAACAAUUAAAAUAUAGUAUUUUUUAAAUAGAAACUGCCAUGGGAACAACAGUCGAUGCUCAAACAAAUCAUAAUCAUCCGUAUGUUUUGGCUGUGGCAGAAAUGAAUAAAUUAGCCUAUGAAUAUCAAAGAAAACCAUGGCUUUGGAUUCCAAUUUUGGCAAAAGUUUUGGGAUUUACAAGUCGACAUAAAUAUAAUCUUGAUCUUGUGUUGGAUUUCACACGAAAAGUGAUUGACGAAAAACAAAAAGAGUUUGAAGAAUCUGGAAAUAUUGAUGAUGGAAAAAGAAAAGCUUUUCUUGAUAUGCUUAUUGAAGUAUGAUUAGUGAUAAUCUCAAAUUUCUCAACAAAUGAUACAUUUCAGAUGAAAGAAGAAGGCGGAUUAAAUGAUGAAGAUAUUCGAUCAGAAGUUGAUACAUUUAUGUUUGAAGGACAUGAUACAACAUCUGCUGGAAUUGGAUGGACACUUUGGUGUUUAGCAACACAUCCCGAAUAUCAGAAAAAGUGCCACGAAGAAUUGGAUAGUGUUUUCGGUAAGUUUAUUAUCCAAAUUGUUGUCAUAAUUAUUUAAAAACAAUUUGAUAAUUUUCAGAGAGCAUAAAUCAAGAAUGUUCUACAGAUGAUUUGAAAAAUCUAAAAUAUCUCGAUAAAUGUAUCAAAGAAUCACUGCGAAUGAGACCAUCUGUACCACAAUUUGCAAGAGAAGUUCGAGAAGACAUUGUAGUCGGUAAGAAAAAGAUAAUAAAUUUUAAGACUUUUUCCCAAAGAUAAGAAAAAGUUUCAGACAAUUUUUAUCGAUAAAAAAGUUUGCAAUAAUGUUUUUGCAGAUGGCAAAAUAAUUCCCGAAGGUUGCUCAAUUAUGGUUUCUCCUGCUUUUAUGCACAAUAAUCCGAGAAACUAUGAGAGAUUUGAAGAAUAUGAUCCAGAAAGAUUUUCAGAGGAUAAUAUUUCGAAAAGACAUGCUUAUGCUUAUAUUCCUUUUAGUGCUGGACCAAGGAAUUGUAUAGGUUUGUGAAAAAAAAAGUGUCGAGGACAAAAAACAGCAUAUGUAACUUCGAACAAAAAAAUAUAACUGUUUUGAAAUAUUUCAGGUCAAAAAUUUGCAAUGCAAGAAGAAAAAACGGUAAUCUCAUGGGUUCUCCGCCGUUUCGAAAUAUCAACAACAACCCCAUUUCUUGAUAAUAUGCCACUUCCCGAAACAAUCACUAGACCAGAAUUUGGUUUUCCAAUUACAUUCAAACUUCGCACCUGA